AUGCCAAAUUCAAGUAGUUCUACAUUCUUGAGUGAAGAAACAGCAGCAAUUUGGAUUGAAUCAACAUAUAGAAGCUUUCUGUUAAGGCAUCUAAAGGAUGAAAUCAAAUGCAAUAAUGGUGAAGUUCAGCUAAAUUUAGUAACUGAAAGUCCAAAUAGAAAGUCCAUGGGAACCUCAGUUGAAGUUCAAGCUGCAAAUUCGGCCAAAAUGUUCUCGGUUGAAGGCGAAAACAAAGCAGAAGGUAUAACAGAAAAUUCGGAAGAAUGGGAUGAUAGCAUUGUGAGUAGCUAUGUAUCGAAAAUGCGAAUGCAGAACAGAAUGGAGGCAUCAACCAGAAGAGAAAGAGCACUAGCUUAUGCUUUCUCCCAACAGACAAGUGGGAAAACAUGGUGUGGGUUAUUCGUCUGGGCUGAUGGUGUGCAAGAUGAGUUGUCUGAAAGAGCUGUUUCAGGAGAUGAUGAUGGUGACAGGAAGAUGAACUUUGCAUGGCGGAUGAGGAAGAUGGAGGCAGACAUUAGGAAUCUGAAAUUCAUUACUCAUGUUCUUGGGUUUGGGUUCUUAGUAGUUGUUAUUUUUGUAGGAAUGGUGUGA